CCAGCCUUUAAACCGACAAGUUCGUUAGACGCAUUCGGUGACCGGCUAGCUAAGUUUACGGUGUUCAAGUUUUAAGCACUAAAUAACAACAGCAAUGAGUAAUGAGGAAAGUUUAAUAGAAAUGGAAGAUCCUCGACAGAUUGGCGUUGCUGCUGCCGGCACCGGUGGUGGCGCCCAACUUGAGUUGAGUGUGAUUAACGGCAACGGCAGCGGUGGUUCUAGUGUCGAGUCUAAACGUAACAGUUCGGAACGUAGUCUACCCUUACGUAGCUACAGUAAAUGGUCACCCUCUGAACAAGGGGCGACAUUGGUUUGGCGCGAUUUGUGUGUUUAUACAGCCGGUGAAAAUGGCUCCUCGGCCAGUUUGUAUAACAUGAAACGUAUUAUAAAUAAUUCCACAGGUGCUGUACAGCCAGGCAACUUGAUGGCGUUGAUGGGCUCAAGUGGUUCGGGUAAAACAACACUGAUGUCUGUGCUUGCAUAUCGCCAACCAGCUGGAACGGUAGUUCAAGGAGAUAUUCUUAUCAAUGGCAGACGCAUCGGUCCAUUCAUGCAUCGCAUAAGCGGUUUUGUUUAUCAGGAUGAUUUGUUUAAUGGAUAUCUAACAGUGUCGGAGCACAUGCAUUUUAUGGCUAAUUUACGUUUGGAUCGUCGUGUCAGCAAACAGGAACGUAAAAUGAUAAUUCAAGAUCUUUUGGAACGCACUGGCCUAUUGGGUGCGGCAAACUCCCGCAUUGGUUCUGGAGACGAUGAAAAAGUUUUAUCUGGCGGAGAACGUAAACGUCUUGCCUUUGCCGUCGAGUUGCUCAAUAACCCAGUCAUAUUGUUUUGCGAUGAACCAACAACCGGCCUCGAUUCGUACAGUGCUCAACAGUUGGUGCAGACACUAUACGAUUUAGCCAAAAAGGGUACGACCAUUCUGUGUACCAUACAUCAACCAUCUUCCCAGCUCUUCGAUAUGUUCAACAAUGUUCUCUUGUUGGCCGAUGGUAGGGUGGCUUUUACUGGAUCGCCGCAGAAUGCUUUGGAUUUCUUUGCCCAAAACGGGUACUCAUGCCCGGAGGCUUAUAAUCCGGCGGAUUUUCUCAUCGGAGUACUGGCCACAGAUCCCGGUUAUGAACAAGCUUCUCAGAGAUCAGCACAAUAUAUGUGUGAUCUGUUUGCCGUUAGUUCGGCAGCGAAACAGAGAGAUAUGUUGGUGAAUUUGGAAAUUCACAUGGCCGAAACGGGUGAAUACCCAUUCGACACUGAAGUCGACAACUUCCGAUCGGCUUUGUGGUAUAAUAAAAUACUUGUUAUUUGGUACAGAUAUACCCUGAGUCUGUUGAGAGAUCCCAAACUGCAAUGGAUGAGAUUUUUCCAGAAAAUGGCCAUGGCCAUUAUAAUUGGCCUAUGUUUCGCUGGCACCACCCAGCUGGAUCAGAUGGGUGUACAGGCAGUGCAGGGAGCAUUAUUUGUCAUGAUUUCGGAAAACACAUUCCAUCCCAUGUAUACGGUGCUUAAUGUUUUUCCUCAAGGGUUUCCGUUGUUUAUGCGAGAGAAACGUGCUGGCCUGUAUUCGACGGCAGAAUAUUACAUAGCCACAAUAGGCGCCAUGCUGCCUGGCAUGAUCCUGGAGCCAUUUCUGUUCGUGGUAAUUUGCUAUUUUGUGGCCGGUUUACGUCCAACAUUUUUUGCAUUUUUGAUAACGGCCAUUUCGGUGAUAUUGGUAAUGAAUGUUGCCACGGCCUGUGGUUGUUUCUUCUCCACGGCAUUCAAUUCGCUGCCGUUUGCCAUGGCCUAUUUGGUUCCCAUCGAUUACAUAAUAAUGAUAACAUCUGGCAUUUUCAUUCAAAUAAGCACUUUGCCAUGGGCAUUUUACUGGACCCAGUUUCUCUCGUGGAUGCUGUAUGCAAAUGAAGCAAUGACCAUAGCACAAUGGUCGGGUAUACAGAAUAUAACCUGUUUCGAGGAGAGCCAAAACCUGCCCUGUUUCCACACCGGCACAGAUGUCCUGAACAAAUACAGUUUUGACGAGCGAAACCUAUACGUUAAUCUGCUGGCAAUGGUUGGAAUUUACCUUGGCUUUCAUGUGCUGGGAUAUUAUUGCCUUUGGCGUAGAGCGCGUAAAAUUUAAAACAAUAUCGCCCAAAAUGCAUGAACAUUUACUCAUAUGUAAGCUUAUAAUUUACUUCAAAAAGGAUGUUAUUUGUCGGAGUGAUAAAAACUGAAAUACAUAAAUGGAGGUUAAUUUUUAAAUCGAUUUUAUAGAAAAUAAAAUAA